AUACAGGAGCUGGUCAAGGAGUGCGGGAAGGCGCUGAGGCACUGGUGAGGUCUGCUCCUGCUGGGGUGCCCGUCCUGGUGUCACCGUCCCCAAUAAUGCUGGGUCGUCAGGGUGUCUGGUGUGUGUGGCUGCCAGCGAGGGCCACGACCACCUGCUGCCUCACCUACGUCAGGCAGGGCUGAGCAUAGAAGGUGGAGGCACCAUUGACCAGACACCGCUGAUGGUGGCUGCCAUGAAUGGCCACACACAAACAGUGAAGGCGCUGCUUUAUCUCGGCGCUAACCCUCUGGCUACUGAUACGCAAGGACGGACAGCCCUUCACUUUGCUGCAAGGCAGGGCUGGCAGGAGUGUGUGGCUGCCCUCCUGCCCGUCACCCCUGCCACUGCCGCACACCUAGAGGGACUCACACCGGUGCACUUCGCCAGUUACUUUGGCCAGGUGCAGGUACUGGAGCAGCUGGCGGGGUAUGCCUGGCCCCUCACCGCCAGGAACAGUGGUGGCUGGACACCCCUGCACUGUGCUGCCAUGGGGGGACACGUAUCGGCUGUGCAGUGGCUGGUGCGGAAAGGUGUUGACCAGCGCGUGCAGGACAUGGGUGGCCGCACCCCGCUGGCUCAGGCCGUGCAUCAUGGCCACCACGAAGUAGUGACCUGGCUGAUCAAGAAUGGCGGCGGUGGCGUGACUGAGGGCAGCGAGGCUCAGCGUGUGUCUGUGGAGGCUGUGGUGAGUAAGUCAGGUGGCUGUGGUGUGACUGGCUGGCGGACCGGCCCUCUCUCCUCUCCCAACCAAUCACCUUCCAGGAAAGGCCCCACUCUCCUCCGCCAAGGAAGGCAGCGGACCAAUAGCUUGUCCCCGCCACUAGUCACGUGAUAACACUUCCCUCAUUCUGAUCUCUUAUUGGCCGGCUGACUUAAGGGGACUCUGCCCCCUCCCCUCACUGCGCUCUGCCAUUGGCCGGCUGACGGAAGGUGACUCCACCAACAGCACCACUGGCACAGAGAGAGAGAGAGAGAGAGAGAGAGAGAGAGAGAAUCAGAAUCAUUUUAUUCCAUAAAAAUGGCUUUUCUUUACAGUUCUACAUACGAUACACAUACGUUGCUAACAGUCAUACAUAAGAAAAUAUUGACAUAUAUAGAUAAGUAAAUGUUUAAGCUAAAAAGUUUUCUAAACUACUUACAGAGGUGGCUUGAGUGUGACUACAGGGCUAGGGUUUUAAUUAAUAUUUAUAUCAUUAUUUAGUAGAAAGCUUUUCAGUCUACUUCUGAACAUAUGUAUGGUGCUCGAUUGCUUUAUACUGUGUGGGAGAGCGUUCCAUAGCCUGGGGCCGAGGACGAGGAGUGAGCGUGCCCCGCUGUGUGUGUUGGUGUGGGGGACAUGCAGGUUGUCUUGUUGCCGUGUCGUGUACCUGCUCUGUGUCACCUCUGUCAUGGUGG